GACCGCCCUAUAGCAGAUAUACUGCUACAGGGCGGCACCUGUGCCCAGAAUCACGUGUAUAUACGGGGCGCAUGCGAGCCCUACCCGUGCCGCCAUUCAUGGCCGCGGAUGUCAAUCACCGGGUCCUGGACAGUAAUUACCCGCCAGCACCCGGUGAUUACCGAGCAUCUCCGAAGGGGAUGCUCGAUUGUUUUGUUUACAAACAAUCUUCCUCCCUGUCAGCUCGAGCACACUGCUCAGGUGGCUGUGCACAGUACAGCAAUCCCGAUCAGUGUGCUUACAGUGAAGAACACCCACUAGUAAAACACUCCCAGCACACAAUUAACCCUUUGAUCACCCCUCACAUUAACCCCUUCCUGCCC